AUGGUCAAACUCAUUGAUAAUCGUGGAAAAACCGUGUUAGCCCGUGCACUUUUAGAUUCGUGUUCGACCGUGAAUUUAAUCACCCAACGUUUUGCGCAAUCCCUUCGGUUAAACACCAUUAGCUGUUCGGUUAACAUCGGCGCGGUAGAUGGUUUGUGUACCAUUGCAGAAAGGUACAGUCAAUUAGAAAUACAAUCGAAUCACAACGACUUUAGACAAAAAUUGAAUUUUUUAAUAGUACCUCAGAUCGCAGAGAGGAUUCCCAACGAAUUAUUUCCCCGACAACUAUUCGAUAUCCCCAAAAAUCUUAAGCUAGCCGACCCUCAGUUUCAUCUACCCAGAGCGGUCGAUCUAUUAAUCGCGUCGAAUACAAUGUUGUCAGUGCUCUCGGUAGGGCAAAUUAAACUCCGUCAUAAACACUCUAGCAUCGUGAUUCAAAAGACCCGAUUGGGGUGGAUCGUCGCCGGAGGAUCCGAAAUCGCAACGUCGUCCACUAACUCGCCGUGUAAUGUCGUAAAACUCGACAAACUCAUCGAACGUUUUUGGGUCAUCGAAGACUUCGAUCAUGACCCAGUUCGAUCUCGCGAUGAAAUCUCGUGCGAGCAACAUUAUUUGACGCACACCAAACGGGACGUCACGGGUCGCUAUAUAGUUCGUCUCCCAUUCAGAGAUUCGAAAUUCAGUCUCGGAGAAUCUCGCAUACAGGCCCUCAAACGGUUUCAGGCGCUAGAACGAAAACUCUCAGCUAAGGCUUCACUGAGACUGGAAUACACCAGGGUGAUGGAGGAGUACAUUUCUCUCGGUCAUAUGACUCUGUGUGACGAGAUCGAGGGGGGAUGUUAUCUUCCUCACCAUGCUGUCAUCAAGGAGUCCAGUGAGACCACCAAAGUUCGAGUCGUGUUCGACGCCUCCGCGAAGACUUCUACGGGUAUUUCCCUCAACGACACUCUUCUUGUCGGGCCCACGAUCCAAAAUACCAUCUUUGAGCAAGUCCUUCGAUUUCGCGUUCAUCGGUAUGUCAUUACGGCUGACAUUGAGAAAAUGUACCGUCAGAUUCUCGUCCAUCCGGAAGAUCGCCAAUUCCAGAAGGUUUUAUGGACCCAUCACGGCCAACUUCGAACAUUCCAGCUAAAUACUGUCACUUUCGGGACAGCCUCGGCCCCCUUUCUCGCGGUUCGUACGUUGCAACAGCUUGCUCGGGACGAAGCAGAGCAUUUCCCACGCGCUAGCAAACUCUUACUUCGCGAUUUUUACGUCGAUGAUUUUAUCUCCGGUGCAGAUUCUCUCGAUGAACUCCUCACCAUCCGGGAUGAAAUGAUAGCAUUGUUAGCUCGCGGCGGUUUUAAAAUUCGUAUCAUCUGGGACGCCGAAAGUGACGUCCUUCGAUACACCAUUGCCCAAGUGAACCCGAAUGUUUCCGCAACAAAACGGAAACUCCUCUCUGAACUAUCCAAAAUUUUCGACCCAUUGGGUUUAUUAGGUCCCAUAACUCUUCUCGCGAAGACCCUCAUUCAGGAUUGCUGGAAGGCAAAAAUCACCUGGGAUGAGUCGCUUCCUCAAGAUAUCCAUUCCAAAUGGAUAUCAUUAGCAUCUCAGCUUCCAAGCCUACACGACGUGGUCUUCUCGCGUCAGAUUCUGAUCCCGAACGCUGUAAGCAUCGAACUUCAUGGAUUUUGUGAUGCGUCCAUCAACGGCUACGGAGCCUGUCUAUAUAUUAAAUCCCAGGACUCUCAGGGCACUGUCGCGAUUAGAUUAAUCAGCAGUAAAUCUCGAGUAGCUCCUCUGAAGGGAGUCACAAUUCCGCGUUUAGAACUUUGCGCAGCCUCCGUUCUCAAAAAGCUAUAUGUCGAGACUAGGGCUCAAAUAGAAUUUUCGAUCAAUCAGGUAUACUUAUGGUCGGAUUCCACCAUCGUGCUGUGUUGGUUAAAGAAAGCUCCUCAUCUUCUGCGUACCUUCGAAGCGAACCGGGUCGCAGAUAUUCAAACUUUAGGAGAUGAGGUUAUCUGGAAACACAUCCGAUCCGAGGAUAAUCCCGCGGAUGCCCUAUCCAGGGGACAGAUGCCUUUAGAAUUUCUAAAAAAUACACUCUGGACUACCGGGCCUGAAUGGUUAGUCCAUGAUCAAACACAAUGGCCGAAUUCAAUCUUACCUUCAAAUCUCCAAGUUCCGGCAUUAAAAAAAGGCGUUUGCCUCCUGGCUGAGGCAUCCCCAGAAGCGAUAUACGCGCGAUUUUCCAAUUUUGAACGGCUUACACGGGUUAUUGCGCGUAUCCUCCGAUGGAAAAAUUCGGAAAUUUCGCGUUCGAGCACCCUUUCCAUUGAAGACCUCCAAGAAGCCGAGUAUCGCAUCUUAGCUAUGAUCCAACGCGAACGAUUUUCCAACGAGCUACGAAAGCUAGCCACGACCCACGAUUCCAGCGAAUCAGUCCGACCGCGUCGAACAGGGACUCCUUUUGAUCAAUUACAUCCCUUCAUUGACGAUAAGGGAAUUCUACGGGUAGGCGGACGCCUUACCCAGUCGGAACUUCCGUUUAAUCGGAAACACCCCAUUUUACUACCUAGUAAACACCUUGUCACUGAUAUGCUCAUUCGCCGAGUUCAUCAGUCAAACUAUCACGCCGGGAUUCAGACUACCCUGUAUAUCCUUCGAUCCAAAUAUUGGAUUCUCAACGGCAAGGAUCAAAUCAGGAAAAUUGUUCAUUCCUGUCUCGAAUGCAUCCGCCAGAGACCAAAAUUUGCCCAUGCUCAGAUGGCAGAUCUCCCAAAAUUCCGUGUUAACGAAGCCCCAGCGUUCGCAAAAACAGGCGUCGACUUCUUCGGGCCAAUUCUCAUCAAAGAGAAAAAGGACCGCAAUCGAUCUUUUUUAAAGGCAUACGGAUGCGUUUUUAUAUGUAUGGUGUCGAAGGCAGUUCAUAUCGAACUCGCCAUCGACCUUUCGACAGAAGGCUUUUUAGCAGCCUUCCGUAGAUUCGUUAGUAGAAGAGGAGUUCCGGAACACAUGUACUCCGAUAACGGCACGAACUUCGUCGGAGCGAAUCGAGAACUCGACGAAUUAUACAGUCUUAUUUCUAACCCCGAAUUCGAAGACACUGUAGGCGCGUACGCGACGUCUAAACGUAUCCGUUGGCACUUUAACCCACCAUUAUCUCCCCAUUUCGGCGGGAUUUGGGAGGCAGCCGUAAAGAGUUUCAAACAUCAUUUGAAACGUGUCUUAAAAGAUCAUAAAUUAACGUAUGAGCAAUUAAAUACUUUCUUAAUAGAAAUCGAAGCGAUAUUAAAUUCCCGACCAUUGUGUGCUCUUUCGGCUGAUCCCAAUGAUCCCAUAGCUAUAACCCCAGCACAUUUGCUCAUUGGUCGUCCCUUCAAUCAAUUACCCGAACGAUCUUUUUCCUCAGUUGCAGUUAAUCGCUUGUCCAUUUAUAAUUUCAUCACCAAGGCCAAACAGGACUUUUGGAAUAAAUGGCACAAGGAGUAUCUGCACGAACUGCAAACUCGUCACAAGUGGCAGGAUUCCACAGCUGAGCUCCAGGUGGGGUCAGUGGUGCUUUUGAUGGAUGAUCACCUUACUUGUGCUCGAUGGCCAUUGGGAGUUAUCACUGAGGUGUUUCCUGGCAAUGACGGAGUCGCCCGGGUGGCCACCAUCAGGACCACCAAUGGAACGUUUAAGCGCAACAUCACCAGAUUCUUCCCCCGGGAGUAUCACUUGCGGUGGGCCCGUCGUCGCACUGGUGGACAUGUCGCUGUCGCCGAUUGCGGGGCGGGACCCAAUAGACGCUUGCGACGGAAAAGCUUUUUUUUGAAUGCUCAACAGCCCGGUAUUGCAAAGCAAUACGAAUCAAAAAGAACUACGAAUGGGGGCUUAAAAAAUUAUAUUAUUUUUGCUCACAAUCAAUAUGAUCGGAUGGUCCGCGGGGUUGUCACCUUCCCCAUGCUAGAGUGGUUUUGUGAUAGUGACAGCCAGUUACUCGAUAUUCACCAUAUAAUGCUAUUCAUGAAAAGUCCAAUUUUCGAUGUUGGGAAAAAUGAAAAAUUAUUCAAAGUCCCCAUUCGUAGUUCUUUUUGA